AUGGUCCCGGCGCUGGAGGCGGCGCUGGCGCGGCUGCUGUUCUACCCGACGCUGCUGUACACGCUGGCGCGGGACAGGGCGCCGGGGCCCGCCCGCCGGCCCGGCUUCCACCGCAUCGACCAAACCGCGCUGCUCGGGGCGCUGCCGCUCAGGGCGCAGACGAGCCAGUUGGUGGAAGAAGAGAACGUGCGAGGGGUCAUCACCAUGAACGAGGAGUAUGAGACCCGCUACCUGUGCAACUCCACCCAGGAAUGGGAAGCGGUGGGAGUGGAGCAGCUCCGGCUGAGCACGGUGGACCUGACGGGGAUCCCGACCCUGGAGAACCUGCAGAAGGGGGUCCAGUUCUUGUUAAAGCACCGGGCCCGCGGGAACAGCGUCUACGUCCACUGCAAGGCCGGGCGAUCCCGAAGCGCCACCAUGGUGGCGGCCUAUCUCAUCGAGCUGCACAAAUACAGUCCCGAAGAGGCGGUCGACGUCAUUUCCAAAAUCCGUCCCCACAUCAUCAUCCGACGCGGCCAGUUCCAGACCCUUGAGAGAUUCCACCAGAAGGUCACCGAGGCGGAGGCGGAAGAGAGCCGCCAGACAAACGCCUAAUGGUAGCACUCCGAGUUUUGGGAAUUCUCCUAACUGCAGGAUGAGGAAACGAGCGUCAGGGGGCCUUGUAGCCGGAAGAAACGGACCCCGCUAGGGAGCCGCGUGACGCGUCCAAAAUGAUGGAAAAUGCCGAGCCGCAGAUUGUCUUCUCUUGCCUCUCUGCAGCCUCUGAGGAGAGGACCUCUUGCUCGUGGCGACUUGAGCGCGUUCUGGGGUUGGGGGGCGAAGGGGGGUGUUUUCCCAGACCUCAUCUUACCCCAGGCCGUGGUUCGUAAAAGCCCAUCAACAGUGGCUCGGUAGGGGAGAAAGACAUCAGUUCCGCUUUUCCCUCGACUUCCCGAGGCCCCACUUCAUUAGUGAACGAAGGACACUGCACCGCUCUUCUCUGGAGCCGUUCCUCCGCUCACGUUCGCUCGACCGAAGGGGAAGGGGCGUGUGGCGGCGGAACAAUCAAUCAAUCAAUCAAUUGUAUUUAUUGAGCGCCUACUAUGUGCAGAGCACUGUACUAAGCGCUUGGGAAGUACAAAUUGGCAAAUUGAACAACUCUUGGCUCCCCCCGAGUUCAAGCCGUUUACGGGGGAAAAUGUAAGGCUUCCCGUCUCGCGCCCCACAUCGUUAAAACGUGAGCCACUUCUUGAUGACACCCAGAGUUGUCUUCCAUGGGGCAGGUGACCCAACGGAUGACAAUCAAUUAAUCAGUGGUUUUUACUGAGCAGAGCGCUUGGGAGGGUAUGAUACGGCAGAGUCGGUUCACACUCCCUGGUCACGACGAGCUGACAGUCCCUAGCGAUCACAUCAUCAUAAUAAUAAUAAAGAUGGUAUUUAUCAA